CGUUUUGGGCAGGCUGACAAAAGUGGCCUCGCUCACCGAUAAUAGGAUUCGUUUAAUGAAUGAAAUAAUCAAAGGGAUGGCAGUCAUCAAAAUGUAUGCCUGGGAACAGCACUUCUCGCAACUUAUAUCCGACGUCCGAAAGAAAGAGAUGUCCAAAAUAAGGGGGUCGACCCUUUUGAGGGCCCUAAACAUAUCCAUAUCGAUUAUAUCGGAUAAAGUGAUAAUCUUCACGAUAUUCAUAGUCUAUGUCCUGACGGGAGAGCACUUGAGCGCCGAGAAGGUGUUCGUAACGAUGGCUAUAUUCAACACAAUACGGCUCACAAUGACCUUCUUUUUCCCGUAUAUGAUAGGCUAUGCCGCGGAGAUAUACGUCUCGUGCAAAAGGGUCCAGAAAUUUUUACUUUUGGAUGAAAUCCACUUAAAAGGCAUUCAGUAUAAAGAGAGUGAUUUGGAUGUCAAGAAAAAUAGCAACGGUUUUAAUAUAGCCUUAAUUGACGCACAAAUAACUAAUCGAUGCAACGAUGGGAACAGUAUUUUCGUGGACAACGUGUCGGCCAAAUGGGAUAUUGACUCUGAUAUAAUAACCCUACAAAACAUAUCAUGCAGUUUACAAACCGGUGAAUUGUUAGCUGUUGUGGGGCCGGUAGGCUCGGGAAAGAGCUCAUUCCUGAUGUCUCUGAUGAAUGAGAUUGAGGUGACUACCGGUGCCGUCCAAGUAGAGGGUACUAUAGCAUACGCCCCGCAGGAGUCGUGGGCUUUCAACGCAACUAUUCUGCAGAAUAUUCUGUUUGGAAAGCCUUAUGAAUUACAGAAAUUCCGUCAAAUAAUGUCCGUCUGCGCGAUGGACAGGGAUUUAAAGCAAUUUCCAUUUGGAGAGAAGACAUUAGUCGGGGAAAGGGGUGUGUCAUUGAGUGGCGGGCAGAAAGCUAGACUCACGUUAGCACGUGCCCUCUAUAGCGACGCCGAUAUCUAUUUACUGGACGACCCGUUAAGCGCCGUCGACUCCGAUGUCGCGAAACAUAUUUUUGAAAAAUGUAUAACAGGUUACCUGAAAUCAAAAGCUGUUGUUUUAGUCACACAUCAAAUUCAAUUCAUACAAAAGGCUACCAAAAUACUGGUGCUCAAAGAGGGCCGACCCCUAGCCUAUGGGUCGUACAAAGGAUUAUGUGAAUCCGAAGUGAAGUCCGAAAAUAAGUUCAAAAGCGAUGAAAUAAUUAGCGAAGAGCUGAUGGCUUCGCAAGAGCUGUUCCCCAGGAAGAGGACGGGUAGCUCAGUAUCUGCUGAAUCUGAUGAUAAUACGCGAGAAUGUGAACAAAAGCUCGUGGAUGAAAGCAAAGCUACCGGUACCAUAAAGGGUCGGGUAUAUUGGGAUUACGUGACAGCAGGUGCCGGUCCCGUAUUAUUAACUCUGACAAUCGUGUCUACACUGGCUUACCAGGGACUCUUUCAUUACACUGACAUAUGGCUAACCGAUUGGACUAAUGCCGAGGAUUCUAGAAAUAGAUCCGAAGAAUACACACAAACGGAUAAUAUAGUGAUAUAUUCUGUACUAAUGUCCGCCACUUUCAUAACAAUGAUCAUCCGUUCCGUCACUUUCUUCAUGAUGUGUGUCAUAGCGUCAGUCAAUCUUCACAACAGAAUAUUCUUUAGACUAAUGAGAGCUCCGAUCGCUUUCUUUGAGAACAAUCCCAUCGGCCGUAUUUUGAAUCGAUUCACGAAAGACAUGGGAAUAGUUGACGAACAGAUGCCGUUGUGUUUGUAUGACUUGAUUAGUAUUGCCGCUCAAUUAAUAGGCUUCUUAGUGGUGGUGGCGUUUGUGAACUGGUACCUCAUAUUCCCAGCACUGGUCCUGAUUAUCCUAAUCUUGCUAAUCCGAUGGAUUUACAUAAAAACAGCGAGAGAUUUGAAAAGAUUUGAAAACAUGGCCCGGAGUCCCAUAUAUAACCACAUGAGCACCACAUUGAGUGGUUUGGCGACUAUCCGUGCGUUUGGGACACAGAAUAUGUUUAUGAAUCAGUACUACCGGUACCAGAAUGACCACACUUCCACUUAUUUCAUGUGUUUCAACUCAUCCAGAGCUCUC